UCCAUGUGGGAUGUUAUUGGAAAGAUCUGAAGGGAAUCUUUCUCAGAGUCCUGAGGAAGGAGAGGCCUGUGAGAGUCCGUGUACUACACAAAGGUGGCCGGGAAACCGUCCAGGACAGGGACAGAGUAAAUCCAGUCACAGAAGCAGAAGGUUGAACACAAACACAGAAACUGUUCAAGAGAAAAUCCCCCAUCAACAGUCACCCUUGUCUUAUGGUGACUGUGCGACUCUUAUUAAACGUGAAAGAGCCCACACAGGAGAAAAACCCUUCAAAUGCUCUGAUUGUAGGAAAAGUUUCAGUUGGAGCUCAAGUCUUGUUAGACAUGAGAGAAUCCAUACAGGGGAGAAACUCUUCAGCUGCUCUGACUGUGAGAAAAGCUUCAAGGAGAGGUCAAACCUUGUUAAACAUGAAAGAACCCACACAGGAGAGAAACCCUUCAGCUGCUCUGACUGUGGGAAAAGCUUCAGUGAGAGGUCAGACCUUGUUAAACAUGAAAGAACCCACACAGGAGAGAAACCUUUCAGCUGCUCUGACUGUGAGAAAAGCUUCAAGGAGAGGUCAGACCUUGUUAAACAUGAAAGAACCCACACAGGAGAGAAACCCUUCAGCUGCUCUGAGUGUGGGAAAUGCUUCAGUGUGAGAGUGCAUCUUGUUAAACAUAAGAGAGUCCACACCGGGGAGAAACCCUUCAGCUGCUCUGACUGCAGGAAAAGCUUCAGUCAGAGCUCACAGCUUGUUAUCCAUAGGAGAGUACACACAGGGAAGAAAUCCUUCAGCUGCUCUGAAUGUGGGAAAAGUUUCCGUUGGAGCUCAAAACUUCUUAUCCAUAGGAAUACCCACACAGGAGAGAAACCUUUCAGCUGCUCUGACUGUGGGAAACACUUCAGUCAGAGCUCAAGUCUUGUUAGACAUGAGAGAGUCCAUUCAGGGGAGAGACCCUUCAGCUGCUAUGACUGUGGGAAAAGCUUCAAGGAGAGGUCAGACCUUGUUAAACAUGAAAGAACCCACACAGGAGAGAAACCCUUCAGCUGUUCUGACUGUGGGAAAAGCUUUAGUCGACGCUCAAAUCUUCUUAUCCAUAGAAAAACCCACACAGGGGAAAAACCCUUCAGCUGCUCUAACUGUGGGAAAAGCUUCAGUCGGAGCUCAGGUCUUGUUAGACAUGAAAGAACCCACACGGGGGAGAAACCCUUCAGCUGUUCUGAGUGUGGGAAAUGCUUCAGGCUGGGGUCACACCUUGUUAUCCAUAAGAGAGUCCACACAGGGGAGAAAUCCUUCAUCUGCUCUGACUGUGGGAAAAGCUUCAGUCGGGGUUCAAAUCUUGUUAGACAUCAGAAAGUCCACACAGGGGAGAAACCCAAGAACAGAGGUGAGCAAAAACCUCUCAGCAAACAGAAUCCAAGUUGCCUAGGGUUUUGAUCCUGCCCAGAGGCAGGGCCAGACCCUGCCUCUAAC